AUGGCAGCAAACAACCCCACCACACGCCCGCAACGGCCGACACUACAGGAAUCGCUCAGGAGCAAUUCCUUCCUUCAUGAUCACCAACAAUACAAGCCCGCGGUCCCCAUUAGCAGCAUUGGCAAUGUUCUUGAAUCCUCACUCGAGUCGGGAGUAGGAUCCUUGUCCCUCAACCCGAUAAGCCCAGAUCCCGAAAAGGUGACCGAAAGUGGCAUCACCCACAGCUUGUUCAACCACCAAGUGAACCCUCUUCCCACCGGCACCCCGCAAAUCGUCGCAACCAUCUACUACAAAUCAUCGGAUCCUAUUCACCCCCAUCUCCAUCCUGAUUCGUCGUUCAAUGCUGGGGCUGGUGUUAAACUUCCAUCCCCCACGGUUCCCGUGGGCUCGGCUCCGACAGUCGAUAUUGAGAAGAUUCCCCGAGAACCUCCUGCGCCAGAACCUGAACCAUUAGACCACCUUUACGGACCAUUUGUGUCUCAACUGUGCUUGACGAACUUCCUACAAAUCCUCGAAUCCCUUCCGACCCCUUACCAGCGCAUGAACACGUCCCAUCGCUGCCUCGACCAGAAUGAACACCCGCGCGUAGUAGAAGUUACUUUCUCCCCACCCCCUAACCCGGAAUACCUCACAUUCGCAGACCUGCGCAAACAUGAGAGCAUAUGGCGAUUCGAGCGCGAGUGGAAUGUAGAGGUUGUGCUCCAGGAGGAGAGCGUCUUCCGCCGUCACAAGCGGCUCGUAGUUUUUGACAUGGACAGUACUCUGAUCCAGAAUGAAGUAAUUGACGAGAUCGCCAAGUUCAUUGGCGUAGAGAAGGAAGUUUCGGAGAUCACGGAACGCGCUAUGAACGGCGAGCUGGACUUCUCUGCGUCGCUCAGGGAGCGUGUCAGCCUUCUCAAGGGAGUGCCAGCGGAUGUUUUCGAGAAGCUGAAGUCCGUUAUUACUAUCUCGCCUGGUGCGCGUGAAUUGUGCAAGGCCUUGAAGGCUCUUGGAUGUAAAUUGGCAGUUUUGAGUGGUGGCUUCCAGCCUCUUGCAGAGUGGUUAGCCGGUGAGCUUGGCAUCGAUUACGCAUUCGCUAAUCAUCUCGAGGUAGAUCCAGCAUCUCAAACCCUGACGGGAAAACUCGUUCCCACCUACCCUAUCAUCGAUGCCAGCCAAAAGCGCAAGCUUCUGCAGUCCAUUGCGGCCGAGAACAACAUCCCUAUCGCUCAGACCGCUGCUGUCGGUGAUGGUGCCAAUGACCUUCUCAUGCUCCACACUGCUGGACUCGGAGUUGCCUGGCGCGCCAAGAGCAAGGUUCAGCUCGAAGCACCCACUCGUCUAAACGGAGAGACUAUGGUGGAUAUUCUUCACCUUCUCGGUCUCAGCAAAGAAGAUGUCAAGGAACUGACCACCGAAGUAGCAUGA